AUGUCCAUUAUCCUGUGUGCAUUUGUCAACAACUUAGAUAGGGACCUGUGCCAAGAUCCGACGUACUGCGCAAUGGACAACUAUCCGCUGGGGUCCACGGACUGCAAGAGCAGCAUUACCAGGAACUUUUUUACUACCAGAGCUACUUUCAGCUGUACCUGCUCGCCAGGCGACGCGGGCGCUCCUUGCAGGGAGGUGCGAGACUGCAUGGAGAGUCCAGCAACACCCGUUCCGGAGAGGGACUGCAACCCACGUCAUAUCACGGUUCUUAGGAUGACAAUACCGCAUAACAACAUCAUCAACGGCUCCACCAUCAAUGUCACUUGUUCCAGCGACAUCCCAUUCACAGAACAGGUCAAUUGGACCGUCCUACCAGCUCAUCCCAUGGAGGCCUUGUCGUUCUCUGGACCAAUGGGCACCACGCUCACCAUCUCUCCGAUCACGGCUGACGUCGACAGAGACGUAGAUGUUCGCCCCGUGUCUGUGGAGUGCAGGGCUAACGUUACGGGCAGAUUAGGUCCAGGACUUGGCAAUGCUACGCUCCCUAUUUUGUACGACGUUUGUGCUGAUGCUGAUGUGUGUCAACGAGUAUUCUUGCAUCCACCAGGCUCAUCCGACUGCGUUUUUCCAACGUCUGGUACUCCGUUCUGCCAGUGUCGCCAGAACUCUGCCGGUAGAGGCUGCAGGAUUGUGGAUGGCUGCAGGGGUAAUAUUAGCUUCGCUGACGCAUCGCGUUCCUCCUUACUCUUCUCAUCGACCCUUUCGUCAGUAAAGGCUCUGGAGUGCAUAUUUGGAAUGGGAUGCAGCCUAAACGAAACUGACCUAGUGUUCCAAUGUACUGAAUCGACCAGUAACACUGUCGCGCCCAACCUCACUGUCGCGCCCAACCUCACUGUCGUGCCCAGCCGCACUUCGUUGCCAGCAGGAGUGUUCCAAUGUAGUGGGUCGGCCAGUAACGCUGUCGUGGUCAGCUUCAGCUCGUUGCUAAUAGUGAUGUUUGGCAUGGUGGGCAGCAGACGACUCCUCAUCUAA